UUUUUUCAUUUUUCCACACCUGCCGUGAGUAGACACAUCCAUUAUAAUCCCAAGUCAUAGCAUAGCACCAAGAACUAACAUUUUUAAUCUUCUUUUUUUGAAUAUUAAAUUAAAGCCGAAUAAUAAGCAUAAAAAUGGUGCUUGAAAGUACCAUGAUAUGUGUUGAUAAUAGCGAUUACAUGCGAAAUGGAGACUUCUUGCCAACACGUCUACAAGCCCAGCAAGAUGCAGUGAAUGUUGUUUGCCAUUCUAAAACUCGUUCGAAUCCAGAAAACAAUGUCGGCUUACUUACACUGGCUAACGUUGAAGUCUUGGCGACCUUAACAAGUGAUGUGGGACGUAUUUUAUCUAAAUUGCAUGCCGUGUUGCCCGAAGGGAAUAUUAACCUCCACACCGGCAUCAGAAUUGCUCAUUUAGCUUUAAAACAUCGUCAAGGUAAAAAUCAUAAAAUGCGCAUUGUUGUUUUUGUCGGUAGCCCUGUUGUUGCGGAAGAAAAGGAAUUGGUAAAAUUAGCUAAAAAGUUAAAAAAAGAGAAGGUAAAUGUCGACGUAAUUAGCUUUGGGGAAGAUACAGCGAAUACGGAAGUUCUAACUACCUUUAUCAAUACUUUAAACGGAAAGGAUGGUACCAGUAGUCAUUUAGUUACAGUUCCCCCAGGUCCUCAUUUAUCAGAUGCUCUCAUUUCAUCUCCCAUUAUUCAAGGGGAGGAUGGUACUGGAGGUGCCGGUUUGGGUGCUUCUGCCUUCGAAUUCGGAAUUGAUCCUAAUGAAGACCCUGAGUUAGCUUUGGCACUGCGCGUUUCAAUGGAAGAACAACGUCAACGUCAAGAAGACGAAGCUAGAAGAGCUAAGGAAACUUUGUCUGCAGAUGGCGGUGUUAAAGCAACUCCAAUUAGAGAGGAACCUAAUGAAGAGGCCUUGCUAGAGAGAGCAUUAGCAAUGUCAAUGGAAGAAGGAGAGGCAGCUCCUACUGACGCUCCACCGGUCGAUUUUGCUAACAUGACUGAAGAAGAACAAAUUGCAUUUGCUAUGCAAAUGUCAAUGCAAGAUGCUCAGGAAUCUAGCUCUUCCAAGAAAAAGGAUGAGCCAAUGGAAGUGGACGGUGAUGAAGAUUAUUCAGAGGUGAUGAAUGAUCCUGCUUUUUUGCAAAGUGUAUUAGAAAAUUUACCUGGAGUUGAUCCACAAUCUGAAGCUAUCCGCCAGGCUGUUGGUAAUCUCAAAGAUAAAAAGAAGGAAGAUAAAGACGAGAAACAGCAGAAGAAGUAAACUUUAUUAUUAUAAAUUAUGUAUUUAAUUUUGAUUUGAUAGUUAGAUUCUUCAAUAAAUUUUUUAUUCCAAUUAA